AUUUUACCCCCCAGCAUUUGAUGCGAUACAGGUGAACUCAGAUGUCCGAUCUACCGGGCUCGCGCUUGGCCUACCUGCCCGACCUGAAUUCGAGACACUCCUGAAAUAUCGCUCGAAACUCCACGACAACCGAGGAAGCGCCACAUUCAAGAUGCCUGCUCCCGCGGGAACCAAGCGUGUUCGCGGGGUCCAAAUCUAUCGUCCCUUCAUCUACGGCACCGAAGCUAUUCCUUUCGACCCAGAAAACCGCCCAAAGGACGCACCAGCCGACCAUACACACAAAUGGAAGGUCUUCGUCCGUGGGAUCAACAACGAAGACAUUUCAUACUGGCUGCGAAAAGUGCAAUUCAAACUUCACGACACGUACGCUAACAGCGUGCGCAUGAUCGAGAGUCCUCCAUUCGAGGUCGAGGAGACGGGCUGGGGUGAAUUUGAGAUCGCCAUCAAGUUCUAUUUUGUGCCCGAGAGUACAGAGAAGCCGCAGCAGAUCUGGCACGGUCUAAAAUUACAUCCAUACUAUGGGGACGUUGAGCAGCAAAAGAAGGACAGGUCCAUGAUCAGCAGCGUCUGCUAUGAAGAGGUGCUGUUCAACGAACCUGUCGAGGCCUUUUACGAGAUCCUUACAGGAGGUGCUCAAGCGACCAAAUCAAAGGCUGGAAAAGGAGCAAAGGGGACGAUUAAGGCGCCGCCUACCGCUGAGAUUCCCAUGAAAAGCUCUCCUGGCAACAAAUUCAGCAGAGAAGAGGAAAGCAAGGAGCUGGAUCGUCUGGGUGAAGCUGUCAAGCAAGUCCAAAAACUGAUUGCGGAAGAAAAGGCAAAACUUACAAAGGAAGAGGCGCGACUACAAGAGUUGGAAAAGACCGAAGGGAAGCCUGUGAAGAAGAAAUGAAGCGAAGUGGAUGAGGUCCUUGGUCAUCAUAGCCGGGCGCCUGCACCAACAGACUCCUUGACCAGCUCAAGGAUUCUCUCAGCAGCGCCCCAACUCAGCUCAUAGCCUCGACCGCCGGCACCAUACCCGUGAACAACGGUUCUGCCGGGUCCAAAAGACUCGGUUUCGAUCCGAUAACCACCUUCCCGCCACGGCCUGCGACCGACAUUAUCUUGCACCACCUCGAAUUUCUCUAUCGAGUCGACGAAGUAGGGAAACAUCUCAACAGACUGUCGAAGUAAUUUUGCCCGCGUCUCCGGGCGAGGAGUGUCAUGCCAAUCAUCAACCUCCUUCGUUCCGCCUACGAUCGUCCCGCCACCUCGAGGUCGUGGGACUAAGAAUGCCCAACUGCCAUCAGCGUUCUGCCGCGUAACAGUUUUGCUGUAUUGUUGUCUGACGAGCACUGUCUGACCCCGGAUGAUCUUCAUUUUGGGAUCACGAUCGAAAUUUCUCCCAGAGCAAUUCACCACCACUGAAAUUUCGCCAAGUCGAUUGCGUUCUGCAAAGCUGAACGCUUCGGUUGCAUUGGAGAGGCGGCGUUGAAGAAUCCGCCCGCCGUUCGCCAGGAAUCGCUCCGUCAACCAGCGACAGUAUCUCGAAAUAUUGACGCAAUAGCUUUGGUAUUCACAUCCCCAUUUUGCACCAUCCGGCAACUCAUCUUGCGGAAGGACACGGAAUUCAUCGUUUGGGCCCGCGUAUUCGUCCCCGGUCCUGAUUUUCAAGAUUUCUUGAAGCGGAUUCUCAAGGUACUCGACCCCAGGCAUAACUUCCACUCCCGAAUCUGGAAAGUCUCGAGCGAUACCUUUCAUGAUCUCCCUCGUCCGAACCCCCAUUCUAAAUUCCUCUUUGAGUUGGUCGGUGGAAAGCGGAUGGAUUGGACGAUAGUGGGCACCUGCCCACAUUGAGGCAUAGUCUACCGAUGGGGAUGGUGUAGUGGGCGUUUCGGCGGCGACAAUGGUGAUUUGGGCAGUCGAGAAGUGCCUCUGGAGUAGAGUUGCCGUGCUGAGGCCGGUGAUGCCGGCACCGAUAACGAGGAAGUUGGUGGCGCCCGUGCGAGGCAUGAUGAGAUAUCUUUCUGGGGUGCUCGUGAGCUGCAAAGAGUAACAGCCAGAGGAUAUGUCCUUUCGGUGGAAAGGUGCGGAUAGAGAAGACUGGUCUCUUUCUCGACUACACCAGCUUGGUUCCUCUCGUUUUCGUAUCCGUGAACAGCGUGACAGAGUCGUUAGCAUCGAUUGCAGAAUCUCCAAAUCGCUCGAACAGGUCCCUCCGUCAAUCAACUGAUCGCAUCCGUUUCCCGUGCUGUCGCGCUCACAGAUCCUACACCACUGAAUCGCUUCCUGAACCUCUGACAAAUCUCGAGUCU